AUGCUAAAAUUAAUUAUAAUUUUGUUUUACGCUAUAUUGAAAGAGUCAGAGACAAGUAUAGAGUCAGACGAUAUAAGUUAUUAUUUAUCCAAUAAAGUUUAUCCCAACAAAUCUACAGAAAUAGACCUAAAAAAUUUAAAUUUAAAUGAUCAAAUCAAAAUUGUUUUUUUAAUUCACGGUUGGAUGAAUAAUAGAGACAUAGAGUGGUAUGAGUUAUUUAAAAAUGGUUUUCUAAACAAAACUGAGGAUUACUAUGUGGUAGAAGUAGAUUGGGAAAAUGUAGCUCUUAAUGUGUAUUCUGAAGCAGCAUAUGGUGUCUAUAAAGUUGGGAAUCAUAUUGGUGAUUUCAUAGUAACUGUACACAAAACCAAUAAAAUUCCUCUGAACAACUUUCUUCUCAUUGGCCAUUCUUUGGGUGCUCAGAUCGCAGGUGCUGUUGGAAAACGUGUUACCAAACUAACAAACCAAAAACUACCAAGAAUUGUAGCACUAGAUCCUGCAGGUCCUAUAUUUACUGGUUUAUCUGAAGAUGAACGACUUAAUAAAAACGAUGCAAAAGUUGUCCAUGUUUUACACACUGACGAUGAUCUUCUUGGGUUUCCUGGUUCUAUUGGCACCAUAGAUUUUUUUCCUAACGGAGGUUCCAAUCAACCAGGUUGUGUGGAUUUCAGAGGAUCCUUUGAUGUCGAUUUCUAUGGGAGUUUAGGAGAAAUUGUUUGCGAUCACGUUAGGGCAUGGAAAUAUUUUGCAGAAGCAAUUAUAAAUCCCAAAGCAUUUAUGGCCAAAAAAUGUAGUAGUUGGAAACAUUUUAAAAAUAAUAUUUGUCAAAAUAUAACUAUUUUUUUGGGUGAUUUAUCAAUUAAUCAGACUGUUAAGGUAAAAUGA